UGCAUUUUUUGUCUCCUCCAUGAAGGCUAUACAAUAUGUAAAGGGAAAAUGGGAAAUACACCGAGUUGUUUGCUCCCCUCAAAAGUACAAUAUGUUCUGUGAUUUGCGAAUUAGCAUUAUUCAAGACAGGAAAUGAAUUUUGAGAGCUUCGUAGUAUCAUCUCUUCGCGUCGAGUUUCUACUCUGAAUCUGAAUCUAUUCAUUUCAUUUCUAAAAAAUGAAGAAGAUGAAGAUGGAGGAUAGGUUUAGCAGUUUACCAGACCCAAUCCUCUGCCACAUACUCAGUCUUCUAACAACCAAAGAAGCCGUUACGACAAGCAUUCUCUCCAAGAGGUGGAUCCCGUUGUGGCGUUCGGUCCCCACUCUCGAUUUCGACGAUUCCAAUUUGUAUGGAGGCGAUGAGGUCUAUGCCCGCUUUGUUGAGGCUGUGUAUAAAGUUAUCCUCGCACGCGAUUUCAACCAACCAAUCAAGAAAUUCCGACUCGUUCUCACUGAACGAUUGAAAGACCCUGCUAAUAUUAGUGUAUGGGUUAACCUUGUGUUGAAACGCCGAGUUGAGCACAUCGAUAUAUCCCUCCACUUUGAGGAUGACGAGUUCCUUGAACUGCCCCACAUUGUCGUUGACACGCCUUCCAUGUUCAGUUGCACAACUCUUGUGGUUCUCAAGUUGGAGGGGUUAGAGUUGAAAGCAAAUUUUUCCUCUGUUGAUCUUCCAUUCCUUAAAGUUCUUCAUUUACAAGAUUUGCUUCUCCAAGAUGAGGGAUGUCUUGCCGAGAUUCUUUCCGGAUGUCUGGCUCUUGAAGAUUUGAAAGCAAGGGAUGUAUUUUUUGAUGGAAAUAAGGCUGACGCAGAGUUUAUAACUUUACCCAAGUUGGUCAGAGCGGAUAUUUCAGAGUCAGGAGGUUCACAACAUUUUAUGAUGAAAGUGGUUAACAAUGUCAGUUUUUUACGAAUACAUGAGAUUGAUUAUAAUCUCAUUUAUAUGGGUGAAGACAUGUUUCACAAUUUAACCCAUCUUGAACUCGUCUAUACCACUUUUAAUCGUGAUUGGUUUGAGGUGCUGGAAUUUCUCAAGUAUUGCCCCAAGCUUGAAGUUCUUGUCAUUAAACAGCCACAGUUUUAUAACGUCUACCUUAAUAAACUCGGAGCAAAAGAUUGGCAAUACCCAUCAUCUGUUCCUGAAUGCAUUCUACUGCACCUCAAAGAAUGCUGUCUAAAUCAUUAUAGAGGCACAAAAGGUGAGUUACAGUUUGCAAAGUAUAUUAUGGAGCAUGGAAGACUUUUGAAUAAGAUGACAAUAUGCAGUAGCACUGCUGAAAAGCAAGGAGAAAAGCUUGAGAAUUUAAAAAAAUUAUUCUCAUGCACGAGGUGCUCUGCAACUUGUAAAUUUUCCUUUAAAUGAUAACAAAUUAGAUUUGUCAUCUGCAAGUUGUUUCUUCUAUUCUUCCUCUUAACUUAUAGCUAAUACCUAGCUACGUACAUGGAUAUGAACAUUGUCUUAACUUUCAAAUUAGUUGAACUGUUUCAUUACUGAUAA